AUGGAUUUCAUACAAGACGGCUCGUCACCCAGCCCCGACGUCGCCAGCAUUCUCGCGCUCAUCGUCAUACUCUUUCUCUCGCUCAAGAUCCUGGACAUGAUGUACCGGGCAGUCAUGUUCUGGAUCAACAUGUUCAUACGGAUCGCAAUCUGGGGGUCGGUUUUAGUGGUAGGACUGUGGGUGUAUAAUCGCGGUCCGGAGGGGUUUGUCGAAGAUGUCAGCGGGCUGGCGGAGUUUUGGAUGGGCGAGUUUCAGAAGUACACUGGUGAGGUUAAGGAGUAUAGGGAGAGCGAGAAGAGUCAGAUCAAGAUGAAGGCCGAGCAGAGGAAGAAGGGGUGGCGGUAG